ACCUGAUAUCAGUGUAUCGGUAACGUUUUCAUUUUCUCUCGUUUAAACGAACAGAACGCAGCCAUUCAGUCUGCCCGGUGAUUAAUAUGAUCGACGUUUUACUCUAGUCACCUGCAGUGAAAUGGUUGUGUAGUACAGAAUCGCUUACGUGGAAAAGGAUAUUAUAUUACCUCUGGCCCAAGUAAUCGAAUUAUCCAUUCGACGCUUAAAAAUGAAACACAAGGUGGAUCGAAAACGAUCGUGGUUACAGAAGACAUAUUUCAAAUAUCCAAUAGGACACAGGUGAUUUUUUAAGAAACAAUUUUAAUCAGUCAGGGGAAAAUACCGGCUAUCGUUAUUUCCUUUGCGGUAGCGUUUUUAUUGUCAUUGGUUUUUUUCCUCUUCGUUAUCAUCGUUGCUCACCGCUUCCUAAUCCGGUUCCACGGUACUGGAAUUGCGUCAUCGAGAAAAAGCAUUUAAAACCUUUAACGAUCUUCGUCGUUCCUCUUCCGCCUGCCAACCUCCUGCCUAACCCCCCACUUCCUCCUUUUUUCGCCUGUUACUUAAUUUAGAGCCCGUGUCGGGUUACCCAUUCGUUAGCCGUCGCAGUUUAAUAGGAUUUACCGGUGUAAUGCAGCAAGUCGUAAGAGCCACUUUGACGAGAAUCCAUCUAGUUUGAAUCUAAUUCCGUUGGAAGUCGAUUCGACGGCUAUGUUCAUGAUUGGGCCGUGAUAGAGAACGUACAUCAGAGAUCGACGCAAAGAGGAAUACAUUAAACGCUCGACGAAGCGACAUCCGCACGUAAGGAGAUCGGAAAUUUACAAAUAGAAAGAAUCUUCGUCGCAUAGGCCGAAGAUCAAAUUCGUGUUUCCAGCACGCGAGGUUACAAUGGUUCUCUAACUGCCUGUUGCAGCUCUAAUAUCGAGGGAAAGGAAGAAACGAAUCUCUGUGGGUGUUGAGUCCCUCGACAUUCACGAAUCGACGAUCGAAGCCCCGAUCCGAAGUUGAAGAAGGAUCUAGCAUCUAGCACAUGCGGAGGCAUCUCUCGCACCGUCGUUAAAGUGAAAGGCACUGCUGCUACAUGCCUACGAGUGUCGUGUCCGUACGCGAAUCCGCAGAACACACGUGACAUUUUUACGAUGGCAUGCUAACGCGCCACUAGGAUUUGCUGUUGUAACGAUUAUUCGAGGGGAUCGUUAGCGGUGUGUCUCGUGCACAAUCUCUGCUGAUAUUUAAAGGAGACGCAAGCGACACGAACUAUACCAAAGAGAGAAAGAGAGACAACGACGCAUCGUCGCACGUGAUUACACGACACUAUAGUUUCUUUGUAAUGUGAACGCGCGCUGCGAUCGAGCUUCGUCCUCAGUCACGGGGUGGAAGAGCGAUAAAGAGGGGUUACACAGCGUGUGGAAGAAGAAUCCUGCGCAUUCUGAAUGCUUGAUUCCGUGACGGCUUACCGAUCGCGCCUCAUCCCCAUGAAGCUUCAUCCGGCGUGUCUGUUUUUCGCAAAUAGGAGAAGGUCACGAUGUGGACACGCGUUGCUGUAAAUGCCUAAAUCCACGAUCGAUACGGAAGAAACUCGCUGGUACAAACGUUACGCAAGAAAGCCGCUCCUUGACCCUGGGAUCGUACACCGUGAAUCAAGGAAACCAACACGAUACAGUGUGACAAGUGAAAAGUCCGGUUUCGUGUAACCCGUUUGACGUCGUGCAUGCUUUGCUCGAUAUACGUAUACGCAUACUUUGUGGCGGGAAACGUCGGUUUUUGACCGGCAGAGGGGGCCAACGAACUCGAGUCGACUCGAUAGGUGGUUUCCCCGCGGUGUCAGCACCAGAAACGGCGGGACCUACGCCGGACGACCUCGAACCUCGAAUUCGACUUGACUCGACCAAGCCGUCCAACAGCUUGUCGACGUCCUUCCUGUUGUCCUUGGUCCUCGGUGAAGGGGGACUUCUCGGCCCUGGUGGUGUCCUGGGGCCGCAGAUGGGAGCUGGUCUGCUGGAGCCCGACAGGGUGACCAACCCCGGAAAACUAUACCAGCCGACCGGACUUCCGCUCGAGGCCUACGCUCUUCCUCUCGUUUGUCGCCCACCAGGCUUCUCUCCAUCGAUUCGGCCGCGUAAACUCGAUCAAGCUGGAAUUGAUGGAGUUGGAGAACAUCGUAGCAAACACUGUGUACCUCAAAGCGAGAGAAGGCGGUGGUGACAGCAACAAGGGUAAGAGUAAAAAAUGGCGAAAGAUACUCCAGUUUCCACACAUUUCCCAAUGCAUCGGCCUAAAAGAUAAGCUGGACAUCAGGUACAGCUAUGUGGUGGAUCAACAACCGAUCGGUAGGCUGUUGUUCAGGCAAUUUUGCCAGGACAAGAAGCCAUCUUACCAUCGGUACAAUCUUUUCCUGGACGCCAUCGAGAAGUACGAGAUCGAGAUGGAUGAGAAUCGGACCGAGCUGGCCAAGGACCUGUUCGAGCAAUACCUGAAGAGGGAGGGCUCAGAGGUCGUCGACAUCCUAAACGAUUCUUUGAUCGCCCAGUGUGAGGAGAGACUCGGCACUGGCGGCAAGGAGCUCUUUGUUGAAAUCGCGCAGACCGUGAAAAACUUUCUGGCCGGCGAACCUUUUUCAGCUUUCCAAACCAGCUUUUAUUUCUAUAGGUAUCUUCAAUGGAAGUGGCUAGAGGCGCAGCCAGUCACGUACAAGACGUUUCGUAUGUACAGGGUGCUAGGAAAGGGUGGAUUUGGCGAAGUAUGCGCUUGUCAGGUACGAGCAACAGGCAAAAUGUACGCCUGCAAGAAACUGGAGAAGAAACGAAUUAAAAAGCGCAAGGGUGAAGCCAUGGUACUCAUAGAGAAGAACAUCUUGCAAAAAAUUAACUCCAAAUUCGUCGUUUCCCUAGCCUAUGCCUAUGAAACCAAGGAUGCAUUGUGUCUAGUCCUGACGAUUAUGAAUGGAGGAGAUUUGAAAUUUCAUAUUUACAACAUGGGCGGAGAACCUGGUUUCGACAUUAACCGCGCUAGGUUUUACGCAGCUGAAGUAGUCUGUGGCCUGGAACACUUGCAUUUGCAAGGAAUCGUCUACAGAGAUUGUAAGCCAGAAAACAUUUUGUUAGACGAUCAUGGUCAUGUAAGGAUAUCUGAUCUUGGUCUGGCUGUGGAAAUCACAGAAGGCGACAUGGUCACAGGAAGAGUUGGAACGGUCGGAUAUAUGGCGCCAGAGGUGAUCGACAAUGAGAAAUAUACCUUUUCACCGGACUGGUUCAGUUUUGGAUGUCUUUUAUACGAGAUGAUCGAAGGUCAAGCUCCCUUUCGUGCCAGGAAGGAGAAGGUGAAGAGAGAAGAGGUGGAUAGGAGGGUGAAAGAAGAUCAAGAAAGAUAUUCCACAAAGUUUACCGAAGAAGCAAAGAGCCUGUGUCAGCAAUUAUUGAAGAAGAGUCCGAAGAACAGGUUAGGCUGCAAGUGCGGCAGACACGGUGCUAAGGAAGUAAAGUUGCAUAGCUUCUUUCAGUGCUUGAACUGGAAAAGGGUCGAGGUCGGUAUGUGGGAACCGCCGUUUGUGCCGGAUCCUCACGCGGUGUACGCUAAGGACGUGUUGGAUAUCGAACAAUUUUCCACGGUAAAAGGUGUGAACUUGGACGCGACCGACGACACCUUUUACAGUAAAUUCAAUACUGGCAGCGUGUCCAUCCCGUGGCAGAACGAGAUGAUAGAGACUGAGUGUUUUAAGGAACUGAACGUGCUAGGUCCUAACAACACACCUACUCCUGAUCUGUUGAUCAACCAUCCGCCACCGAAUAACGAGAACAGAGGCUGUUUCCCAUUCCGAAGACAGAAAAAGCAGAGUGCCCGCACAAGACAGAUACCGUUAUCAGAGUGCCAUCUGCUGGAGCUGUCGCAGAGCCAAAACUCGGAGAUGCCAGCCAGCUGAUCCAAAAUGAACUCGAGUAGUGUGAAUCAAUCGACGUCGUCGUCCGUGCGCCGUCGUCGUUGCGGACGACGCCGACGGGCACUCAGGUGCUGCCCGAAGCUGCUUUAAAACAGGAAACAGAGCAAGAAAGAAACUGCUCCGUGAUUUUGACGCCGAUUUUUCGUCUGCAAAUCCCGUAAGAUUCGCCCUCGUUUGUAAGAGUGCUACGCCGAGAGGAGGCGUUGACUUUCAGCGCUAAAAGCACACUGACGUAUGUUUUCUCAGGUUUCUCGGAGUAGAGAGACGAACCGUUGAUACUCGCGUAUCCUAACCUUCAAUAUGCAAGAGAAACUUUGCAAAUGCUCUUGUUGCAAAUGAAAAGAAGUGCAACCAUUAAAUGUAGUUAUACAUCGAAAUAUGCGAUCCUCUGCAUACGAAAUUCAUUAUAAAACAUAGUCAUUGUUACGUGUGCAGCGCCUCGUAUUGCCUUUUUAUCUAACGCAAAAAGUAUAAUAGUAAAUGUGUAUCGAGAAAAGUUUGUUCGCAUGUAGAAUCCUCAUUUUCUCUUAUAACCAUUAUCGAACGCCGUUCCUUGUUCAAUCGGUGCGUCUGUGUGUUUAAGUACACUUACACCAUCGACGUACACGAAUGCAAGGCACGAUUUUUUCAGCGUUCACGCGUUAGUAUAUAUGCAAUGCUCGUACGCGUAGAUACAUUUGUAAACGGUGCAAUUUCACGUCGGUAAUUGGGGUCGCGUGCACGUAAUUUUGUAUGUGUACUUAGAGCAGUUAACGGGCGCGUGCACACGCGAUAAUGAAAGUAAGAGCAUUAUUAAGUAAGGAAAAUGUACGCGGAGAAAUUCCGACAUAACGAAGAUUCGUUGGGAAAGGAACGUUACUCCGAUGGAAUCGAGCAUUUCUCUUUCGUUUCUUGCAGCAAAUUUCGGAGGCAUUCAAGUUUUUCAAUCAGUCUUCUAACCCGAAUUAAUUCCAUACGCUCAAAAUAAUCACAGGGUUAUUUAUGUUCGUACAACCUGAUUAAUAUUUUGAAAGAUACUCUCAAUAUCUUUCAUUUUUGAUACUCGAUUCGUUUGUUUUCCACGUAUAUAAUCCUCUGGUUGUUUCGGGCAAUGUGAAAAAAUAAGGUGUAAGAUCGAGUCGAAGUUUAUUUGCAGUCAAUGUGUUCUUUGUUUAGUGACAAUCUUCCAAUUUCGUUUUGGAAUAUAUAUCGCAUUGCUCAAAGUGGUCGAUGAAUUCUAAACUCAAAUUUACAUCUCGAAAACUCAACGAUAUAAAUUAUAUGAAUUAUAUGAUUACGUUAAGGAACGCGGUCUCCUAAUUAUUUUGAGCAGUGUAAUUAGUCAUCGUCUGCCUAAUUUGUUCAAGUUUCUUCUCAAAUGGGACUCGAGCGGAAUAGAUGCAUUUAGGAAGCGUUGAAAGUCUGUGUUUUGAUAAUACUUUUACUUUUUGACGGAUGUUUGCGUGUAUAUAUACAUAAUUCUUCCUCUUAAGUACGAAUACGAAGAGAAACCCGUCCUGAGAUACGCACAAAUCGGUAUACGAUUCAUUCUUUUCUCUACCGAAUGAUUCAGUUUGAAUAUAGUAUAUUUGAUCGAACGUUUUCGCGAGGCUAUUUCGAGAAGAAAAAGGAAAAUAAAAAAGAACUCGAUGAAUCGCACAGGUGACGAAGCGUACAAGUAUCAUCAGGCAUAAAUACACACUGAAAUUUAUUUAUACGAUAACGUUGAGAGGAAUUUUUUACGCUAUCGAGAAAUCGAUAAAGGAUUGGCGACAAGUAGAUCGGAAUACCGGGCUGAUAGCGAAACCGAAAGUAGUAAUCUCUUUUUAAUAUCGAUGAAUCGUCGCCGUUACAUGGCUCGUUUUAUUAGUCUUUACUUCUCACCACUUUUUUCUCUUUUUAUCCUUUUUCCAAGAUUGUAUUACGCGUCAUGCCGCGGAAAAUUGAAUCGUACAUUAUAGAAUGGGUUGGCAAGCGAUUAAUCCCAAUUUCAAUUUGAUACGAUUAUUUUAGAUAAUUAUAGAUUAUACACGAUUUGUCCGAAUAAAUUGUCUUUAUUCAAAGGCGUAUUCGCUUGGCAGCCCAUUCGGUAGUAAUAUUUAUGUACUAUCGCGUAUUUAAAGUAAACGGACGUGUGUGUCUCAAUAAGCGGUAUCGAUCUAGUAAUUUAAAACGAAGGAAAACGUAUUAUUAAUUAAUCUACGAAUAACGGUGCGACCUCCUAUUGAUCAUAUCUAUCAUUAAACUCGAUUCAAACGAUAAACGAUCUUUCGGAAGCAUUUCACGUUUCGAGAAACAUUAUUUCAAAGGUUUAUCGAUUGAAUCUCGGGUUUUUAAUCGCUCACGGUACAAGUCCUUGCCAUUCGUACAAAUUGCGGUAGAAUUCUCAUUGUUCAACCAUCGACGACGAUCUCGAGGAAUUAUUAAUCUUAGAAUAUCAGUUUUGAAAUUUAUUCGAUUAGUCGAUCGAAAGAUAUCUUUAAUGAAUUCUCCGGUCGGUGGGAAAGUUGAUAUAUCGUCUAUUGUUCGUUCAAAUUAAUUAAGGAAAAUAUCGACGUCCAAAAAUUAACGAAAAUAGCAAGAUCCCCAGACUACGAUUACGCAUUUUUAUAUUUUUUUGAACGUAGGUGAAGGAAUGCUACCUUAAAUAUCGUAAUAAGUAUUCUAGUUUAAAUAUUUUAUACAUAUUUUACAUAUUACACGCAUUCUGUAAAUUUUUGGAAUUCGAAAUUUCCCAAGAAUGCAGCAAUUAUAGCGAUAAAUUAUUUUGGAUUAAUUCCCGAGUCGUUGAGACGGUUUUAAAUCAGUGACGCAAUUUUGUAUUACUCCUAAUAUCAUAAGUUAGCGUGUAAGCAAGUAAUUACCGACGGGGGAGAAACGAUAUCAUCGCGUAAGUGGAAAUGCCGGUAGUUCGUUGUACGUUCGCGCGGCGUCACCGAGUCAGCGUAAUCGUGCAGAUACUUCCGAUUACGAAAGAAAUCUCUCAGUGCUUUCAACUGUGAUUUUGUCUGACGAGUUGCAGCUCCGUUUAUUUAAUUUAUUCAUACUUUUCUGCGAGCUACCGAGCAUGUUGGAGAAAGAUAUCUAUCGAACGUAGCGGAUCGUGUCCGACCCGGAAAGACGACGACGUUGAUGCGUGUCUUUUGCUCAAAAGAGACAAAGAAAUAUGUAUUCUCGUAUAUAAGUACCUCAAAUUCUGGCGGACAAGUGUUCUGGAAUCUCGUUCAGUAGCCUGUCAGUAGUGAUGGACAUUUGAAUCUCAAUUUCGGAGCGAUUCGAAAUCUUACGAUAGCGUAAAAAUUCGGAUCACUUUGAAUAUGAAUCGCUAUUUAGGAUCUUUUAAUCUCUUCGAGACUCCUUGAAGCUUUAAAGAUUCAAUAUCUAUCAAGGCUUAAGGUAGUCUCGGUAAAAUUUAUCGAAUCUAUCAAAACUUUUGAGUAUCGAACCAUAUCGAAACGGUUUGAGCUUUUCGUUAGAUGUACAUAUUCGAUGCGAUUCGAAACGUUUCAGAGCUCAUCACUACGGAUCGCGUUUCAUUGCUCUUACUUUUCCUUUAUACGAAUCGUGUCUUCGUUCAUUCGCUAGUUUAUUUUCUUUUUUUACAUCAUGUAUAAAUUAUGUAGGGCUUUAACGUUCUUCCUCUUUCCCUUUUUUUUAUCGAACAUUUUUGUACAGUAUGUCGUUUCAUGUAGAACAAGGAACGAGUGUCUUUUUUUUUUACGACUCGAAGAGCGAGAUAAAUCGCCGUGGGCUGGCGCGAAUACUAAAUCAUUCCACUUUUUCGUGCAAGUAUUCGUGUGCAACUGUUUCACUUUCUGUUCGCGAUAAUUUAUGCGCAAUGUCCAAGUUGGAAACGCCAAGGGGCGUUUGUGGUUACCAAAUUGCAUUGGAAUAACUAAUACUUCAUCGUUUUAUAGCUCUCUAUUCCUUUCGUUAUUGUUAUGUUUCUUUUUCCGUACAACGAUUUAUCGACGAAAUCAAUGUUCCUUCUUACUUGUGUUGAAAUUUUUUCCAUCGAUGAAAAUAUGUCUCUCGGUGUAUUUCUUUCGAAUAUUAGACUAAUCGUUUCUUACGUUAUUAAGAAUAAAAAUUACUAAUAUGCAAAUUGUCGAUUGUUAUUCCUCUGCAACUAAUUGGUAUUUCCCCGAGGAGGAAUCUCGAUAAUCGCGAGAAAACCAUCGGCAGAGCAGAAUCUCCAUGCAAGCACGUGAAAGUUCUCCUUUGUACAUAAUAUUUACGAUGAUAACGAUGAUAUUAAACGAUAGCUAUAUAAUUCUAUACGAACAGCAAGCGAAUAAAUGAAUAAAUUAAGCGUAGAUAUGCGUGUUUGUAUAGGUGCAAGGAAGGAUACAAACGGUAGCAGAAAAAAAGAACUUUUUCGCGAGACGGCAGGAAUACCCGCGUGAGAUUAUCACUGUAUUUAUAUCGUAUACCUUCUUCCACGCUUCUUUUUACCCGCUACCACGUGCAACUGCGUAAAACAAAAGACUAAAAUGCCAUGGAACGAUGCGUGUAAAUGUAAGCACGUUUGACGAGCGAUCAAAUAGUAUUUGAAAUAAAUGAAUUUAGAAUUGUUUUUUAAUAUUAUUUUUACAGCAACGAUUACGAAUUAGUUUUAAAUAUAAUAAUUUGUUUAUUUACUAGAUACGGAAAGAAUCGUUAUCGGAGAAUGUGGUUUGUUUAAAAGGAUAAUUUAACGAAUUUAUAUUUUAUUACAAAUACUAUUUAUGCCGAGAAUUACGCGAAUCCUCGAUGGAUCGAGGCCAAUUCUAAAAGGCAACUUAGCUCUACCAUGAAUCGUGCGGUAAUCACCGAUUGAAUUUCCCGUACUUUUAGUCUGCGUCCCAGCCACGAUAUUCUCGGCCUAAUUUCACGAAUUUCAUUUUUUUUAUUUUCGAACGAACCAUAUGUCGCUCAAAAAUAUCGUUUCUUUUACUAUAAACCGUCUUUUACCAUGAAGCCACUGAAAUUAUUUGAAAAAAGAAACAGAUCGUGGUUUUAUCGAUUGGAUGCGAGUUCGUAGAACUGUACGGAUCUCCUUAGUCUCCAAGACUAAAUUCGAUGUUUGAUGGCAUUUCUAACGAAUAAAAUAUUAAAACGGCACUACUUAAAAUAAUGGCACUACCUUCUUGAAACUAUCUUACGUUUAACAUUAUUGUAAUUUUUCUAC